ACCCAAAUUAACGAAAAUGCCACUACACGAUCGAGUCCGCCAAAAUGAGCCGUUGAGAAUUGCUUUCGCGAUAGAGAAUUGAAUCUUAACCGUCUGAUGAGACCGCUCCGGCGAUCGAUGGUCGGAUUCUUGAACCGGGCUCUUCACAGUGAUGCUGACACCACAUUUGUCGAAUCUUUUUCGUUGUUACUACGAAAACAUUCAAAACCCAAAUCGAUUAGAGAGUGUAAACAAAUCCACGCAAAGCUGUUGAUCUCAGAAGCAAUCUCGGAAAUCUACGUGGCAAAUACUGUGUUGAGUUUCUACUCAAAGUAUGGUGAUUUUUAUAAUGCACGCCUUAUGUUCGAUCAAAUGCCUCACAAGAAUGUUGUUACAUGGACGUCCAUGAUUUCAGCUCUCGUUCAUCAUGGGUUCUACCUUAAAGCACUCAAUCUGUUCAAAGAAAUGCUUGAAUCUGGUGCUAGACCGAACCAGUUCACUUUUUCGGUUGUGGUUCGGGCCUGUAUAGGUACUGCGUCUCUUGAUUUGGGUUUACAAGUUCAUGGGUUGAUCAUUCGUUUGGGGCUUGAGACAGAUGAAUUUGCAGGGAGUUCACUUGUGGAUAUGUACUUCAAAAUUGGGGGUAGCCUUGAGGAUGCAUGUUGUGUUUUUAGUGGGUUGUUUAGGAGGGACUCUGUUAUAUGGAAUGUUAUGAUUUCUGGGUUUUCUCAAAUUGGUGAUGUUAGUGAAGUUUUUCGAUUGCUUUCGGAGAUGUGGGUGCUUGAUGGGUUGAAACCCAAUGAUUUCACGCUUACAAGUUUGCUCAAGUGUUGUUGUUUGCUGGGAGAGGUUCAGCAAAUUCAUGGGCUUGCCUUAAAACUUGGAACCGAAGUUGAUGUAGUGGUGGGCAGUGCUUUAGUGGAUGCAUAUGGAAAGUGUGGGAAUAUGGAGUGGGGUCGAAAAAUUCUGAAUUCAAUGGAGUGGAAAGAUAGUUUUGUUUGGAGCUCAAUCAUCUCUGGUUAUGCAAGGAAUGGCAGUGGAGACGAAGCUGUUUGUUUGUUUAGGGAUAUGUGUAGACAAGGCAUGAAACCUGACCAACAUGCAUUGUCAAGUACCCUGAAAGCUUGUGCUGAGAUUGGAGACUUAGAAACAGGAGUUCAAGUUCAUAGUCAGAUGAUAAAAAAUGGCUACCACAGUGAUUGUUUUGUAGCCAGUGCUCUACUUACUCUUUAUUCAGAUUGCAAUGAAAUUUGUGAAGCACAUAAGUUGUUCAGAAGGAUUGAUGAUAAAGAUAUUGUGGCUUGGAAUUCAAUGAUCCUGGGUUAUGCUCAAAUGGAGGAGGAAUCUUCUUACCACUGCAUCAAAAUUUUCCGAGAACUUUGUCAAACCCCUGCAUUGAAACCAGAUGGAGCCACUAUAAUUGCCGUUCUAAAAUCAUGUCAGAAUCAAACAGGUCUAAUAACAGGCAUUCAGAUUCAUACAAUGAUAAUGAAAUCAAGCCUAAGUUGUGAAACUCUUAUUUGUAAUGCUGUAAUCAACAUGUAUUCCAAAUGCGGGGAUGUUGAUGAUGCAUAUAAAGCUUUCAUUGACAUAGUUCAUAGAGAUGCAAUUUCAUGGAGUUCUAUAAUUGGAUGUUAUCAACAGAAUGGUUUUGAACUGGAAGCCCUGAGCCUUUGCAAGGAGAUGUUAGCAGAUGGGGUCUAUGUAACCAGUUUUAGCCUUCCAUUGUGCAUUGCAGCUUGCUCAGAACUUGCAGCUAUAGAUGUGGGUAAACAGUUCCAUUCUUUUGUUAUCAAGCUCGGUUUUGAUGGAGAUGUCUAUGUAGGGAGCUCUAUCAUAGAUAUGUAUGCGAAAUGUGGGUUCAUGGAAGAAUCCAAGAAAGCCUUCGAUGAACAAGAAGACCCAAAUAAAGCAACGUUCAAUGCACUGAUAUCUGGAUUUGCACAUCAUGGAAAAGCUCUCGAGGCAAUAGAAUUAUUCAAAGAAAUGGAAAAGAUGAGCUUAGUUCCCAACCAAAUCUCUUUCUUAGCUGCUCUAUCAGCCUGUAGCCAUGCAGGUUUGGUGGAAGAGAGUUUAUUUUUCUUUGACUUGAUGCAUAAAAAAUAUAACAUUAAGCCAGAAUCUGAGCAUUAUUCAUGCCUGGUUGAUGUAUUGGGCCGUGCUGGAAGGCUUGAGGAAGCAUACCAAAUCAUACAGAAUGAUGGAAAAGAGCAGGCAUGGAGAACAUUACUAAGUGCCUGUAGGAAUUAUGGGAAUGCAGAAAUUGCAGAAAAAUCUGCAAAGAAGCUAAUGGAACUGGAUCCUAAUGAUCAUGCGUCAUAUGUUCUUCUCUCCAACCUCUACUCAGGAGAGGGAAAAUGGGAACAAGCUUUUAAGUUGAGGCAGAGAAUGGUGGAGAUCGGAGUGAAGAAAGAUCCAGGAAGCAGCUGGUUGAUAUUCAGAGAGCAGGUUCAUCAAUUCUCGGUGGGUGAUUUUUCACACCAUGAUAUGAGGGAGAUUUUAGGUGAAUUGAACAUAUUGAAUAAACACGUCAAUAGUGCUGGUUCUUGGCAUGUUAGCGUUGAUUGUUAAUAGUAAAAGGACCAUAUGGAAGCUCAGAUCAAGUAACCAGGGUCCCAUCUAUUCAAAUUUUUUGUGA